UCUCUCUCUCUCUCUCUCUAGAACAUGUCGGUGAUGGAGUCACAGAAUAAUACGGAUGACAUCUCGCCAAAGAAGACAACAGUGUUCAAGUUAGGGAACGGGUCAGUGGCGGGAUCGAGAAAGAGGCCGUCUCAGGGGAACUACGAGAAGGAGAAAGAUCUGUGCAUCCAGCUGUUUGAUCAGUGGUCAGAAUCUGAUCAGGUGGAGUUCGUGGAGCAUCUGAUCUCACACAUGUGUCAUUACCAGCACGGCCAUAUAAACUCGUACCUUAAACCCAUGUUACAGAGAGACUUCAUCACCGCGUUGCCAGCUCAGGGUCUGGAUCACAUAGCGGAGAACAUCCUCUCGUUUCUAGACGCUCGUUCUCUGUGCUCAGCUGAGCUGGUCUGUCGAGAAUGGCAGCGGGUCAUAUCAGACGGGAUGCUCUGGAAGAAGCUCAUCGAGAGGAUGGUGCGCACGGACCCGCUGUGGAAAGGCCUGUCAGAGCGGCAUCAGUGGGAGAAAUAUUUAUUUAAGAACCGAACAAACGAGGUCCCACCCAAUUCAUACUACCAUUCACUCUAUCCCAAAAUUAUACAGGACAUUGAGACGAUUGAGGCGAACUGGCGUUGUGGGCGUCACAAUCUUCAGCGGAUUCAGUGCCGGUCAGAGAACAGUAAAGGUGUUUACUGCCUUCAGUACGACGAUGACAAGAUCAUCAGCGGCCUACGAGACAACUCCAUUAAAAUCUGGGAUAAACAGUCUCUGGAGUGUCUGAAGGUUUUGACGGGUCACACUGGUUCGGUUCUGUGUCUGCAGUAUGAUGACAGAGUCAUAGUGACAGGAUCCUCUGAUUCUACCAUCAGGGUGUGGGACGUUGGUUCCGGUGAGGUUCUCAACACUCUGAUCCAUCAUAACGAGGCGGUUCUGCACCUGCGCUUCUGUAACGGGCUCAUGGUGACGUGUUCGAAAGAUCGCUCCAUCGCCGUGUGGGACAUGGCAUCCGCCACUGACAUCAGUCUGCGCCGCGUGCUCGUGGGUCACCGCGCUGCUGUUAACGUGGUGGACUUUGACGACAAAUACAUCGUGUCUGCGUCUGGAGACAGAACCAUAAAGGUGUGGAGCACCAGCACGUGUGAGUUUGUACGGACACUUAACGGUCACAAGCGUGGCAUCGCCUGCCUUCAGUACAGAGACAGACUCGUGGUCAGCGGGUCUUCGGACAACACCAUCAGACUGUGGGACAUUGAGUGUGGUGCUUGUCUGCGUGUGUUGGAGGGUCAUGAGGAGCUCGUGCGCUGCAUCAGAUUCGACAACAAGAGGAUCGUGAGCGGAGCGUAUGAUGGGAAGAUUAAAGUUUGGGAUUUACAGGCAGCUCUGGAUCCUCGGGCCCCUGCCAGCACAUUAUGUCUGCGCACACUCGUGGAGCAUUCUGGGCGUGUGUUCCGACUGCAGUUUGAUGAGUUCCAGAUUAUAAGCAGUUCCCAUGAUGACACAAUCCUUAUAUGGGACUUCCUGAAUGUCUCCACCAAUGGACAGUCAGAGGGGCGAUCGCCCUCACGGACAUACACGUACGUCUCCAGAUAGCAGGUGCCUCUUCUAUGUGCCAGUGUGUCCUGGGAGAGCUGAGAGCUGAUUGGUUGUUGGCCGUGUCCAUCACAGAAUUGUGCCUAGGAAUCCACCUCCUCUUCUCUGUCCUACACAGAUCCAUGCUUUGCCAAACACACAGACACAUGCUGCUCUAAAGAUUCAAAACACUGUUCUGCUUUAUCUAGUGGGAAAAAGAAGCAAAAUCACACACACACACAGAUGUUGACAGCUUCAAACCUUAUCUGUACUACCACUGCUGCUCAAAUAACCCGAAAACCAAUGAUCUCGUACUCACAAGCUCUGCACUACUAACAGCUCAUAUCCACACCAGGAUCACUCUGUUAUGGAGAAGCUGGGAUUCUGGGAGUGACGUAUGGAUGAUGAUGGACAGGG